GCCCUUUUUAGAAACGCUGGAAACAGCUGAUCUGUUAUCGUACGCUGGUACGUCUCAUACGCAUAGAGCCUGUAGCUUGAUUUGUGGAGUGUUCUGUCCUACUUUCCAACGGUGCGUCUCUGUGGUUGUGGAUAUCGGUCGUUGAAGCACACAAACAAAGAAGGGGAGAGGAAGGUCGCUUUGUCCAUCCCGUUAUUUUAAAAACCGACGUCUGAGUCAGGAUACGUGUAAAUGUUUUUUGCUCCCCCAUCCAAAGUUCCUCGUACGCAGCGGCAAACCCUCACCUCUCAGACGCCCCCUUUUACUUACAAGCGCACCGCCGAGCUCGCCAGCGGACUGCCCGAGGCGUCGCCCACCAGCCUGGAAGAGGCCGUUCUUGUCAACGCAGCAAACUCGCUUCACAUGCCGGCUGUAAGUUUCCUCUCCGGCGCCGGCACGCACAUGUGCUGGAUGGUGGACGAGAACCAAAAGCUGCUGCGGCUGUGGAACGUGCGCCGGCCGGGUUGGGAGAGGUCGGCGCCGCGGCUGGCGGAGAUUCCGUACUUCGCCGCUGCCGAGGAAGGUCUGCCGCUCUUCGUGAGCGAGAUGAGUGCGGAGGAGGAGUCGCUGGCGUUCUGCAGCGAGCGGGGCGCCAUUUCGAGUCUCGACCACAGCAUCGAGGUGCAGAUGCUCGACGGCGAUGCGACCAUGACGGCCUCCAGCUUCGUCUGCGAGCGGCGGCGUGUGGAGACGGCGACGGUCAUUGUGACGGUGCUCGGCACCACAAGCGGGUUGUUGGUUGUGGACCUGAAGUAUGACGGCUCGCAUACCACGAUGGAGUUCGACCGACGUGAUCCGGCGUCGUUUUGUUGGGCACCGAACAGCCACAACAACCUGCCGACGCAGGCGCUGCGGCGCUUCUACUCCUCGCUCGCCGCGACUGACGAUAGUCUGGAUGGCGAUCGCAGCAGCGGCGCGGCGGGGCAAGACGAAGAAGAGGUGGCAGAGGAACCGACACCGGCGGAGUUGCCGGCGUGGCAGAACAGCGCCUCCACUUCUGCGUCGUCGAGCUGGUGGAGUUCGCUAAAGUCGUUUGUCGCGCGCAGCGACAGCACGAGCCGCGGCGGUCUCGAUGGCCGUCCCGCCCGCAGCGCCACACAGCCGUCACGGGACUCGGCCACGAUGGCACCGGGGAAUGAGCUGGACGAGUCGAGCGUCGCGCAGGACGGUGUCUGGCCGCUCUCCGCGGUUGGCCGCACUCGUCGCGGCGACGGCGCCUUCGCUUUUACUCACCUUCAACUUCGCUACCACUACCCCGAGCAGGUGGUCGCGGUGAAUGCGGCUGGUGAGAUCUUUCUGCUCGACUUUGGCCCCGUCCCGCCGACGGAGGAGACCACGAGAGCUGCACGCGACCGCAGUGUGCGAAUUAAGUGGGCCACGUCGCUGGCCGUUUCCCUGGGCCGCACGGGGCACGUCGUGGCGCUCACGGAGAGUCGGCACAAGAUAUGUGUCUUGUACUACGUGGCCGGGAGCGCCUCGCGCCCGCUGCCCGCGUUGUGGCUCGUGACGGUGGACGCGUCGCUUGGGCGGGUCGUGAACUUUGUGGUGUUGAACGCCAUCGCGGGUGCUGUCGCGGCCGCGGCGCGUGUGCCGCCGCAUCAGAUCAAAAUUUUCAUCGAAGACACGCGCCGCGAGGUGCUCGUGAGCAUCGGCGCCUACCUGCUCCGCGUGAACAACCAGGUUGGGGUGCACCAGCCGUGCUCCAGCGAAGACGCGAUUCACAUUAAGAAUUUGAACCACCCCGUCGCGUCACUGCUGAUGGGGGGCGGCUCCUUAGUGACGCUGGACGCUAACGGGCCUCACGUUACGGUGAAGGACGUCUACUCCACGCGCAUGUCGUACAGCGGGGCGGCCGACGCCUUCACUGCUGGUGGAGGGCGGGGCGCCUUUGAUGGUGACUGCUCGGGUGAGGCGGAUCUCAAGCGACUCCUCGAGGCUGUCCGGUCCGACUCGAAGCUGUCGCUGGACCACGCGGUGCUGUGCGCGAGUGAGGCGUUGUACUCUCAGGACUCCCAACCGCAGCAGGCAGGCGAAAGUGGAGCCAGUAAUUGGGCUCGUCGCGACCUCAACGUUGAGGACGAAAACAUCGUCUUGCGUGUGACGCGGCAGCUCACGGCCCGGCAGCAGGCCCACCGUCGGUUCGUCACGGCAGUACUCCGCAAUGAAGCGGUGCGUUCACAGCUGUCCCCUGAAACGCUAGCACAGCUGCUGUCUGCACAAGAGGCCUUGGUGUGUCUCUGUGCCCUGCGCAGCCUGCAGAACGUGGGCUUGCAACGCGCCACCACGGCGGACGACUUCGCCUUGGUGCAGCACGUCCUGCCUCCCUUCGCGGCCAUGUUAGAUGCCGCGCAAGGCGGCGGUGCUUCUCUGCUGCAGCGACGCCCCUCCCGCCACGCUGACAACGGCGAGCAGCAACAGCAACCGCCUCUGGUGAAGAACGCACAGCAGCUGGAGCGGUGCCAGCAGAUCAUGCGCCGCGCCGUUGUCAGCGUGGCGGAUGCCAUUCGACGAGAGCAAAAACAGAACAUGGAGGCUAUCGGAGGUGACGACGGCAACAAGAACAACGCCGCUACGCUGACUGCCGCGGAGCUGUGCUUCUCCAGCCCUGCGAACCUCGUACGACUGCUGAAGGCCAUCGGCAGCUACAUGGUCGAGGUGCGCCACACGGUUUCUCUCUCCCUCGAGGACAAAUUUGCGGAGUGCUACGCGGUGGGCUGCGUGCACGUUGUCGUGGCGCAGACCAUCGUCGAGUCGCGUGAGGAUGUGCGGACGAUCUACGAGCUGCCCAAGACUGUGCAGGCGCAGAUGUGGACGAGCUCGACUGAUUCGAUCACCGGCGUCGAGCUGUGCUUCUCGCAGAGUUGUGUGCAGCUGGCGGACGUGUUGGCGGACAUCUGCAUUGACGUCUCCGGUGUUCCGGCAAUCACGCGCGACGCCGCCGCCAACCUGGUCGCUCUCACGCUGCAGCACAAGUGCGAUAUGCUGGACGUCGUCGCCUACCUGCUGUACUUCUCGCUCACCAACAGCGCGCAUCGCGACAGGGCGUUUACGGCGUCGGCCAUCACCAACACCAUUCUGCGCGAGCCGUUCGUGUCCGGUCCUGUCGGCUACCCGCACGGCAGCCCAGUGCCGUCCAGCUGCUGUGUCGAGAUCGGCCGCCGCAUACUGCGCAUGUCGGAGCAGAUGGCGCUGCGCUUUGAUGCGAUGCCGAUUCUCAUGGCGUUUGCACUAGCUACCCCGGUAGAGGACCCCGCCAGCAAGCCGGAGGUCUACGAGCGUCUGCAGCGGUACUGCCAAGAGAACGACUCCGUGUUCGACGCCGCCCUGCACACGCUCUGGCAGCAGCGGCGGGAGUGGGAGCUGCUGAGUCUGCCGACAGUGUUGCCCGGCUGCCCCGACGCCCGGGCGCGCCGCAACGAGUUCUUGGAAGUGCAGGCACCGCACCUUCUGUGGCUCGCGGAGCCCGGUCGCUACGACGCCCUCAACGCGGAGGGGCAGACCUGUCCGCCCUAUAUCCCGUACGGCGAGGAUCAGGUGUCGCACCGCAGCCGGUGCAACGCCAUGGCGCGGUUGGCGUGGGUGGCCAGCGGUGCCCCUACCUCCAGCCGCUUCAACGAUGUACAGCUCUCUGAGGCCAUCGUGGCGGCGCAGCAGCAAUUCCUCUCGCCGGACUGCGAUCAUGUAAACCUCGGCCCGCAGGCUGCCGUACAGCGCCUGCUCGAAUUGAAGGACAAUGUGCCGGCGUGGGUGCAGGCCGCCGUCAUAGCCAGCCAUACGAUGCAGCCCACCAACGAGGACCUUCUCGUGCAGGUACUGCGUCACUGCCGCGCGCACGACGGCGAGGCGUUGCGCGUGAUUUACACGAGCAGCGUCAGCGAGCGCGAGACGGACACGCGGCUGCGGCAGACGGCGGUGGGCGAGGUGGUGGUGACCUGCGCGAAGUUGCAAGACCGAGAGGUGCUGGGCCGCGUCUGCGAGACGCUGCUCAGCAAAGAUGAGUUUACGCUUCUGUCUUCCUGGCUGGACUACCUCUGGUCCAGCAGCUAUGAAAUGGCAUGA